AUGUACAGCUUGAUGAUGGAGGGCGAGCUGCAGUCCCCGGGACACCCGGUCAGUGCCCCGAGUACCGGAACCUCGGUGCCCACAGGCGGCACUAACGGGAAACUGAGCGGCGAGCGGGUCAAGCGGCCGAUGAACGCGUUCAUGGUGUGGUCCCGGGGUCAGCGCCGGAAGAUGGCUCAGGAGAACCCGAAGAUGCACAACUCGGAGAUCAGCAAGCGCCUGGGGGCUGAGUGGAAACUCAUGUCCGAGGCCGAGAAGCGCCCGUUCAUCGACGAGGCCAAAAGGCUGCGGGCGCUGCACAUGAAGGAGCACCCGGAUUAUAAAUACCGGCCCCGCCGCAAGACCAAGACCCUGCUCAAGAAGGACAAGUAUUCGCUGCCCGCCGGCUUGCUCUCCCCUGGCCCCGGGGCAAUGAGCUCGCCUCCAGGCUUGAACCAGCGGCUGGACGGAGCCGGCGCCUACGCUCACAUGAACGGCUGGGCGAACGGCGCUUACCCGGGCUCGGCAGCAGCGGCGGCGGCGGCGGCGGCGGUCAUGAUGCAGGACCCGCUGGCUUACAGCCAGCACCCGGCGCUGGCGGCGGCAGGAACAGCGGCUGCGGGAGGAGCAGGAGGCGGAGGAGGAGGAGGGAGUGCCGCCGGUGGUAACGGCGCCGGUGGGACAGCGGGUCACCACCACCAUCACCAUCACCACCACCACCCGCAGCAAUUACACCGCUAUGACAUGUCCCUCCAGUACAGCCCCAUCCCCGGCACACAGGGCUACAUGAGCGGCUCCCCCUCCUACAGCCCCAUCCCGUCCGGUUACAGCCACCAGGGAGCCACCAAUCUCUCACUGGGCUCGAUGGUCAAGUCGGAACCGUCCCCCAGCCCUCCGGUCAGCUCGCAUUCCCGACCCCCUUGUUCCGGGGACCUGAGAGAGAUGAUCAGCAUGUACUUGCCGACAGGAGGAGAAGCCGGGGACCCAUCCCAGAACAGACUGCUUCCCCUGGCUCAGCACUACCAGAGCCCCAGCACGGCUGUUAACGGGACCAUCCCAUUAACUCACAUGUGA